AUGUCUCAAGAUAACUACUACAAGCGCUCAAGAAGCGAUGUUAAUGUCCCACUGUCCCAAAUGGAUCUAAAUCAAGUUCAUAAUGUAUCAAACAUACCUCAAUUAUCAUCAGGUUUGAAAAAACCUUCCAAUAGAGCGUCUGCUAGGCAAUCCAUGAUAGGUGCUCCCCGUCUUAAUAACCCUGUUCCAAGUCUUAAAAGAAAUUCUUCCAUUGGUGUUAAUGAAAUGGUUCAACAAAGUGCAAUUCGUAAUGGGGGAAGAAAAAGUUUAGCUACAAUGAGUUCAUCUGUAUCACGUCCAAAUAAUAGAACUUCUUCAUUUGGUUUAGCCUCUUUAUCACAAUCAAAAGAUCCACGUCCUUUACGUGAUAGAAAUUUCCAAGCUACAAUUCAACAAGAUAUCUUUGAAUAUCUGGUCAAUAAUAAUUUUGAAACUGACAUGAGACACCCUUUAAGUUUAAAAUCAUUGAAAAAUCCAACUCAAAAGGAUUUUGUUAUGAUGUUCAAUUUCUUGUAUAAGAAAGUUGAUCCAGGUUAUAAAUUUUCCAAGAGUAUUGAACAUGAAGUUUAUUAUGUUUUGAAAAGUAUCAAAUAUCCAUACCUUGAAACUAUUAAUAAAUCACAAAUAUCUGCUGUUGGUGGUCAAAAUUGGCCUGUAUUCUUAGGAAUCCUUCAUUGGUUAGUUAAAUUAAUUUCCAAAAUUGAAGCAAUUUCUUCAAUUGAGUUCUUAGAUGAUGAUUUAGAUGAUGAUUUUAAAGAAGAUGUUAGAGAAGAUGAUCCAGAUCAAGACAAAAUUUUCAUGAAAUAUAUUUUGUCAGCAUAUAGACAAUAUAUUAAAGAUACUGAUGAUUUUUCUGGUGUUCAAGCUAUAAUGAAGGCUGAAUAUGCUAAAAAAAGUGAAGAUUUUGUUAAAAAUAGUGAAAUUUUAGCUCAGGAAAACAUUGGAUUAAAAGAAAGAUAUCAAACAUUACGAGCUGAAGCUGAAGUUAUAGAACUGGCUGAAAAGAAAACUGAUGCACUUACAUCAGAUUUAUAUAAAUUUGAAAACUAUAUAAAAUCAAUGGAAAAUAGAAGAUCAAAAUGGACAGCUAUUAUACAACAAAUUAAAAAUGAAUUAGAAAGUUCAGAAAAGAAUCUUGCAAAAUGUGAAGAAGAAAAAAAAAUUAUACAAGAUCAAAUAUCUGCUCAAGGUCUGACACCAAAUGAUAUAGAUAGAAUGAAUAAUGAAAGAGAUAGAAUUUCCAAAUCAAUAGAUGCAGUUAAUUUGAGAUUAGGUGAAUUAUCAACAGUUGUUCAUUCAAAAGAAUUAGAAGCUCAACAAGCAUUCGAAGAAUUGUCAACUGCUGCUAAAGAAUAUAAUUUCAAUAUUUAUACAAUUGCUUCAACAUCUUCUGAUAUAGAUGCUUCACAAUUUGUGGUAAAAAUUGAUAAUCUUAUGAGUGAAGAAAAAUUAGGUUUAAGACCUGAUGCAUUAUUAGAUGGUCAAGAUAUUGGUACAGAUUUCCGUGGUAGAUUACAAAAAUUGAAAAUUUUAAUAAAUUCAAGAAUUCAUGAAACUCAAAAUCAAAGUAUUGAAUUACAAGAAGAAUUAGAUUCUAUCAAUGAAACUAUUAAUGAAAAAGCUGAACAAAUUGAAUCAUUAGAGAACAAUUUAUCAAGAAAUAAAAUGGAAUAUGAUAAAAUGUAUGAUACAAUGACACAAACUAUAAAUCGUUAUCAUGCAGAAAUUGAAAGAUUACAAGGUGAAAUUCAAGAUUUACAAUCAAAUUCUAAACAAAGUACGUUAUUAUUAGAACAACAAGUUAAAACAGUUGAAAUGGAAUAUCAAAGAUAUUUAAGUAAUAUUCAACAAGAAAGAGAAAUUUUACAUUCAAAAGCUCAAAAAAUGAUGGAUGAUGUGAUUACUUUCAAAUUAAACAUCCAAAAUUCAUUGGAUGAUUUAGAAGGUAAAACUAUUGAAGAGAUAGAAAAACAUAGAAAUGGUGAAUUUUAA